UAGCUACAGCUUGUUUUAAUUGCCAGUAAAUGAUAUACACAAGGCUCCUAGGAAGAGCGUUAGAAAGAUAAAAGAAUGCCAAAGUCAAAGAAAAAGAAAAACCAAGACUUCCAGAAAGUUAAACUGAAAGUAGGCAGAAAAUUACAGAAGGCUGACAAUGUAACGAAUGCAAGCUUCAAAUCUAGAUCUGUCCAAGUGGUACAGCAUAUCAAGACAGGGGAUGGAAACCAGCCCACUACAAAACGCAACCUUAGUAUAGGGGAUUUACUGAACCAGUGUCAGCAUUACAGUACCACAGUUAGACUUGAUGCGGUCAAUGGCUUACGAGAACUUCUGUCCUCUCAUCCAGCACUCCUUGAGCAUCGCCUCUCUCAGACGAUUGACCGUAUCUCCCAACUAAUGGUGGACAAGGACCCAGUUGUGAGAUCAGCACUGACCAAACUCUUCCGACAAAUUGUUCCAUCGGUCCCACUUCACAAAAUGCGACCUUUUUUCCCAAUUAUCAGUGCGCAUGUGUGCUGCUCUAUGACCCACAUUUGUGAAGACAUUCAAAGAGACUCCUUGCAGAUUCUCGAUAUUUUCCUAGAAUUUUACCCAUCUCUGAUUGUGGACCAAUCCAGUCAAAUUAUUCCCAAUUUUAUUGAGCAGAUUUCUCACCAGAAUGCCUCCAAGAAAUUGAAUGCUGGAGGUAGGUCUCUCAGUGUGAAACCAGAUGGGAAGAUUCAGGCUCAUAAGUGGAGGAUCCAGGUUCUCACGCGGCUUGGCAAGUUAUUAUCAACACUGAUAGAGAGUACAGGUGCUUUGAAUUCUGGGUCAGUAAUUGACGAGAAAGAGAAAGUUGUAAAGGUCAUGUGGAGGGAGGAUGAAGAGGUAUCUUAUGCCCCCUGUCCCAGUCAUUUUCAGAAUGUCUGGACAUCUCCAGGAUGUAAAACAAGUUCUAUGAAGAAUCUCCUCUCUACAGAGAUGGAAGCGAGAGGUUUUAAUCUGAGGGAACCUCAGGGGGUACUCAAACUUGUGGAGACAAUAGUACCCAUCUUACUGGAGUGUUGGGUGGAGGCCACAGCUAUACAACACAAGGCCAUAGAAGGUUCCCUAUUGUCAGUGGAUGCCUGCUCAUUGCGACACAAUGUGGUGAAAAUCAUAAAACUUCUCUGGCAAUAUGCUGGACAAGUUAUACAGGUGGACUGGCAAAGCAGUGUUGCCCAUUUCCAGUCUGACUUUUAUCAGCAUUUUAUGAAGUUCUUUCCUUACUCUGCCCACACCAGUGCCCCCAAAAGUAAAAAGACAACACAGGAUACUGAACAGCAUACUGUGCACUCUCUAAACAUCACAAUCUGUGACAUCAUGUCCUACUUUCUGGCAACCAAUCAAAACUCAGGACACAGAAGCCGCCUGCCUCACACAGUCACACAAUACUUCCUUACAUACUUAAGAGAGGAAGGUUAUGAUUCGUCAAAUACCCCGCAGAUCUUAGAAGUGAUAGAGAGGUUACUUGAAUGCUACCAGAAUAAUGAGCACUUCCAACAGUUAUUGUCAGUCCUGGUGACUCGUUUUACACAGGUCCACCCCCUCUCUAAGGAGAAAAAGUUACUGCUACGGUUCUUCUCCAGAAUUGUUAGUCAAGAGGGAAUGGUUUUAAGAGAGGACAUCAGAGGGGUUUUCCUCAAGUCGUGUAUUGAGAAUUCCGUGAUGUCAGAACAGAUAAUAGAGGUCCUGCGUGAUCUGGUCAUUAAAACCUCUGAGAGGGAGGGCGUGACUGAUUUUGUCACAUCUGUCUUAGAAAUGGAUCUAGACAGUUUGAUAUCUAUGGACAACAAGUGCAUGCACAGCCUUAUAGAACUAAUUUAUCGUGUGCCUCAACUCAGCAGGGAAAGUUACAGAAAACUGGGGGCCAUGGUGCACGAUGUACGCUUACCACUAGCUACCUGUCAGUAUCUGCUACAAGUCAUGCAGCACAGGUACAAGUAUUACAUUUUGCCGAUAGAGGAACAAGGAUUCUACAUGCAGUUUCUUCUGAAGUCAGCAUUUGAUCCUGUGAAUUUCCCCUCAAAUCAAACCGAGCUGGACAGAGAUCAUUUCAGGCGACUACUCUCUCUCAUUGAGACUGUCUCAGAUCAGCUGCUGAUGUUUGAGAACUCUGAACAAGUUGUGGAUGUCCUGUGUUGUUACUUGAGUAAAACAAUGAUAACAAGUAAUGCAGUGGAAGAGCCAAUUUACCCAAUUGUAACCUUUGCCACAAUGGGAUCAAAGUUGAAGAUUUGGAAUUACCCAAUCAGCAGACAAGUUACAAAUGAGUUCUUAGAUUUGUUAUGGAGCUACUCAUUAGCUGUAACUCAGCUUGAUAAAGGUUCCACAGUUAACAGUCUUAUUUUUGAUGAAGUAGUGGAGAGAUGUGGACAUUUUAUAUCAGGAGGAGAACCAGUUUUUUGUCAGUUUUUAAAGAAGAUGCUCAUAGCACUGAAAGACUGCAGCAGUGUUGAGGAAGUGAACGCAGUUCAGCAUGCAGCCAUUUUAAUUCUUCAACAGGAUCAGCCAUGGCCUACUUUGUCAGAAAAUCUAGAAUGUCAGGCAAUAUUUGAUACUUUAGAGAAGAUUGAAGGUCUUGCCUUACAGCACAGAUGGAAGAAACUAAAGAAUAUGUUAACAAAAUUUAAUAAAAAUUGAAAAUUUACUGCCA